AUGCAACAAAAUAUAUUAGUGAAAUAAAAAGAAGCGCUUGUUAAUGCUUACAAAGUAACUUGUAUUCUUGCUGAUAAGACUGGAACUAUUACUAUGAAUUAACUUACUAUUACCCAUCUUUUCUAUGGUUAAAAUUUGUUUAAAACAGCUGAGAAUAAUUUUGAUGAAGGUGAAAAUUUCAACCCUGAUGACUAAGAUUUCUAAAAUCUAUAUAAAAAUGCUGCAUUGUCUUGUAAUGCAAAAUUCGUUUUAGAAGGAGAUCAAAAUAAUGUCGAUUAUUCUACAUGCAAAAUGCUUGGUGGAGUAAGUGAUUAAGCUCUUUUAAGAUUUUUACAUAGUAUAAAGAACGUUGAUAACUUUAAAAAGAGCAUUCAGUAUGCCAAAAAUAUAGAAGGUAAAGCAGCUAAGUUAGAACUUAACUCAAUUAACAAAUACAAAUUUUCUAUUGUUGAAGAAGAAGUAGAAGAUAGUCACUAUGUUGUUUACUUUGAAGGUGCUGCAGAAAAAAUUAUCUCACUUUGCUAAUUCUACAUGAAAAAUAAUUCUAAAUUAGAAAUUGAUAGCGCUUUUAAAGAAAAUGUUUUAAAUUGUUUGGAAUAACUAGAACAGAUUUACCUUUUUCUGUUGAAAAACUGA